AUAUUCCCUUCAACAUUUAGAAAGUUUCAGACACCAAUUUCUAUUUGUGUUUCAAAAUAACCACAACUAUGCAUUGCAAAUAAUACCUGUUGAUCAAUCUUAUUCUAAUACAAUCAAUGAUAAAACAUCAACAGCUUAUUUAAAUAAAAAUGCGAGCCUUAAAGAUCAAAAUGUAAUUGAGGUUAAUAUGCAUAAUGAAACUUCUGACAAAGUUUUUAUUCCACUUUCCAUGACAUCAGAAAAAUCUGUGACAUCAAAAAAUUCAAAAGCAACUUUGAACAUAACUGCAGCAACUCCUGCCAUAACUAAAAAAACAGAGACACUUACCUUUAAUGAAGUUCUGACUCUAUUACAAAAUGCUACUUAUUUUAAUAAUGGAGAAGAAACUAUACCUGUUCGUCCCAAAGCAGGAGAAAUUUAUGGGUUUACAAUUUCCAGUGACAAAACAUUAAAAAAGCAUUUGCGAGCAGAUGGCUAUAUGUGGAGGAACAAAAAAAGUUGUGCAUUAGGAAAUGGUUUAAUCACUAAGACAUAUUUUUACGCAAGAGUUGGUAAAACAUAUACUAACAAUUUUGAAAAGCAUGAAUAUAUGUUGCAAAAUGGAAAAAAAGCAUUGAUUCAUUACUUGGGCAAUGAAAAAUCAUAUGUUGAUAGAUGUCAUGGAAAUUCAACAAAAUCAAAAUCUUUUUUUUACAGAUCAUCGCAUUAUGUUUUUGAUCAAGUUUUGGCUCAAGGGAAAAAUAAACCCAUGGAUGCAUAUAGGAGCCUUUUAUCAAAUGACCCAGGUGGUCAUAUUUCAACUUCUAUUAUUCCAAGAAAUCCUAAACAGGUUGCAAAUAUUAUGACAAGAAAUGCUGAAAAAAAUAAUUUUCAUAAUAAGGAUGAGGUUUGGAAUAGUCAUCUUGUUGCCUAUUCCAUUCAUCCAUUUGUUCGAAAAAUAGAAAGCUACCCAGACAUCUGUAUUGUUAUGUGUUGUGAAAAAAUUGUUGCACAAAUGGAAGAAAUGUUAGAAUUACUACCUUGUAAAGAAAUUACACUUCACUAUGACACAACUUUCAAUUUAGGAAAUUAUUAUUUGUCAUGCUUAGCUUAUCGACACGUUUGUUUGGAAACAAAAAGGAAUAAAUACUUAUAUUCUUCGCCUACUGUUCCUUUUGCAUUUUUUAUACAUGAAAAAAGAUUAGCACAAAAUCACAAAUACUUUUUUCAAACAUUAAAAGAAAAUGUUUGCGGAAAAAAUUUUAAUAAAUCCAGGAAGUUAUUCAUUUCUGAUCGUGAGUUUGAUGGCUCCCAUUAUUUUGAUAAUACAAAAAGUUUGGUAUGUUGGAACCAUUUAUUGCAAAAUGUAAAGGAAUGGAUGCGAAAGAAUGGUAAAUUUUCAUCAUCAGAGUAUGAUGAAGCUGUAAAAGCCAUGAAAUACAUUCUUCGAUCUAUUAAGGAUCUUAUUGACAACAAAAUAACAAAAAUGGACUCUUGCAUUUUAGCUAUGAAUUAUCUCAGUGCCUAUUUUCACAGAGAAGUUGAAAAGGGAUACUAUAAUGUUUGUUUGUAUCAGUUAAGUGAUGAGUUUGCCUUUAUGUUAAGAUCAAGAGAUGAACUUAGCGCUAAUCAAAUCAUCCUACCAGAUGACAUAGUAAAGCAUAUAAAAGAAACUGAAAUACAUUACAAAGAUCAUAACAGUAUUUCUUCUCCUUAUGCUUCUAUAGAGAUGUUAGUUGAAAAACCAGUUAAAAGUGAUCUUCCAAAACUUGUUUAUUCAAUAUCCUCAUUAGCAAAGGAUAUAUUAAAUAAAAACGGAGUUGUAUUUGUUCCCCAAAAUCGAAGUUGGUCAGUGAAAGAAUCAGAAACAAUUAUUCAUUCUGUAAAUUUGAACCCACCUGCACAUUGUACUUGUGGUGCCUCGAAAAAUUGUGUUCACAUUUUAGCAGUUCAAUAUCUCUCUGGAAAUGUAAAUAGUUUAGAACACUUUGAAGGGAAAAAAAGAAACUUAACUUCACUUAUACAAAAAAAUAGGCUUAAAGUUGAGAGAAAAUCAGGCAAAAAAAAACCAAGGAAAUGUGAUAUUGAUUCGAAUUUAAAAACAUUGAAUUUUUGUGAACUUGCAGUUCCAAAAAAUGAAAGUUUCAGUAUAAAGCAGAAUGAGCAAUCUACUGUGCCUGAAAUAAAAUAUCCUUUUCCAAGAGGACUUCAAUGGGGUGUUGGUUUGGUUUUAAACAGUUGCACAAUUGAUAACACUUUAACAAUGUUGAAGUUGCGUUGCCAUGCAGAUAAGUACUUUUUAAAUCGCCUUGGUACUUCAGAAGCAGAAAUAGAGCUUAAAAAAGCAAUGAGAUAUUUAAAUAAUGAUGAUGACAAUUAUGGUAAAGAAAUCUGGGCAUGCUUUUUAAAAAGUAAAAUACAAAUUACAAGCUCACCUUGUUUUAACUUAUAUGGAUCAUGAUGAUCCAUAUAAGUUA